AUGGAGGUGGUUCUGAACAACCGCAAGAAGAAUGACUUCAGGAUACCCGGAAACAAAGUGUUCCUAUACCGAUCGACGUUCCUCCACCCGCCCACCGUGAAGUUCGCCCGCAGCCUGUCGGUGCCCGGCCCCGACGACAUCCCCCCCCCGCCCACCACCGCCCCCCCCGACCCCCCCUUCGCCUCGGCCCCCCCCCUGGGCUGGAGGGGCAAGUCCUCCCAGCAGCCCUCCGUCUCCCAGUCCACCGCCACCUCCGCCCACUACCAGCUCUGCUCCCAGUCCCAGUCCGUCCAGUUCACCCGGCCGGGGGGGCCCGGCCCCGGGGGCCAGCAGGACCACGCGGCCCCCCAGUACACCCACCCCCAGCCGGCCCCCCACCCCGCCCAGAGCCGGGCGGCCCCCCGGAAGGUGAGCUACCCCGGGGAGCCCGGCCUGCCCGCCGGGCUGGGGGGGGCGGCGGCAGCCAAGGCGGCGGGCCUGAGGCGGGGCUACAGCACGGCCGGCCCCCCCUUGGCCGCCGCGCCCCCCCCCCAGCAGCAGCAGCAGCAGGGGGUCCAGAGCCAGGCCCAGCGGGGUGACCGCGGCGCGGCACCGGGCCUGGCGGGGGUGCCUAAGGGGGGGCCGCGGAGGGGCAAGGUGCCCCUGGUGAAGCAGUCCAAGGUGGAGGACCUGCGGGCGGGGCAGGGCACCCUCCUGGGGGGCAAGGCGUCGCUGGAGAAGAGCUCCAUCGCCAUCCCCACCAUCGUGGUGAAGGCGCCGUCCACCAGCAGCAGCGGCCGCAGCAGCCAGGGCAGCAGCAUGGAGGCGGAGCCAGCGCCCCCGGGGGGGGAGGGGGAGGGCCCCGCGGCGUCCCAGCCCCCGGCGCCGCCCUCCACGCCGGCGCCCCCGCCCCCGUCCCUCCCCUCCAUCCGGGCGCAGGACGGCCAGGACUUCACCAGCCAGUUCGGCGCCGCCAUCGUGGGCGCGGCGCGGCGCGACCGCGAGCGCUUCCACGAGGCGCGGCGCCGCAGCGCCUCCUUCUUCAUGUCGGUGGAGGACGAGGCGGGGCUGGACGCCGGUGGCGGCGGCGGCGGGGGGCGGGGCCAGGCGGCGGCCCAGGGGCUGCUCAGCCACCAGGGGGGGGAGGCGGCGGCCACGCGGCUGCGGCCGUCCAAGUCCAUCGACGAGGGCAUGUUCUCGGCGGAGAGCUUCGUCCACAGCACGCGCAGCAUGCCGCCGGCCUUCGGCCUGCCCGAGUACGCCUCGCCCGCCCUGGACUACCAGCCCAAGUCGGUGCCCGCCGAGUUCUACGGCGCCGGGGGCCGGCAGCAGCAGGUGAACCCCGCCUCCACCACCACCUUCAUCCACCCGCUGACGGGGAAGGUGCUGGACCCCUCGUCCCCCCUGGGGCUGGCGCUGGCGGCCCGCGAGCGCGCCCUGAAGGACGACAGCCGGCUGCGGCGCGGCGCGGCCGACCACCACUUCGCCCGCCAGAUGUCCGGCGUCGGCGGGGGUUUCCCCUCGUCGUCGUCGGUGUCCUCGCAGCCCCCGCCCAUCUCCACCGCCGCCGCCCAGUCCUCCGGCUCCUCCUACCUGGUCACCUCCUCCUCGCUGGCCGCCACCACGCCCACCGUGGGCCGGCCCCCGUCGCCCCGGAUCCUGCGGGGCUCCGGCGGCGGCGGCGGGACGUGGGGCGCCGGGGACGACGGCGGCGGCGGCGCAGGAGGAGGAGGAGGAGGGGGGGGGGAGCGGGAGAGGGAGGGGGGCGGCGCCCGCGAGGGGCUCAGGGUGCGCUUCUCCGAGGACAAGACGGUCCACGCCCCCCACUACCAGGCCCCGCCCCCGCAGCUCUACGCGCCCUCCUACAAGGAGCGGGAGAGGGAGCGCUCCCGGGAGAGGGAGCGCGAGCGUUCCCGGGAGCGGGAGAGGGACAUGUCCCGGGAGCGGGAGCGGGACAAGGAGCGGGAGGGGUACCUGCGGAGGGCGGAGCGCUCGGCGAGCCAGACGCCGCGGCGCCCGUCCUUCCUGCGCAUGGAGAGCGAGGCGGGGCCCUACAUGCUGUCCCUCACCCCGCCCUCCCCGCCGCCCGCCAGCACCCUGGGGCAGCCGGGGGGGGGCGGCGCCGGGUCGGGGGGCGCCGGGGGCGCCGGCGGCUCCGGCCUGAUGGUCCUGCCCCCGCCGGCGCCGUCCGUCGACGCGGAUGACGAGUUUGUGUUCGCCGACCCCCUCCCCCCGCCGCUGGAGUUCGCCAACAGCUUCGACCGGGGGCCGGGCGCCAUGACGCGCUACGCCCAGCGGGGGGGGCCUGGCGGCCUGGCGGCGGCGCGGCAGCAGCAGCAGCAGCAGCACGCCGUGUCGGUGCCGGCCCCCCCGCCGCCCCCGCCCCCGCCGCCGCCGCCCCCCUCCCAGAGGGAGCCCCUGGCGGGGGGCUUCCACGCCCACACGCCGCUGCCCUCCCCCCAGGCCGGCGACUCGGCCACCUCCAGCCUGACGUCCUACGACAGCGAGGUGGCCAACCUCACGCAGUCGGGCCACUCCCCCUCCCAGACCUCCCCCAACCAGCCCCCGCCCUCCCCCUCCACCCUGCAGCCCGCCUCGGGGGCCCCGCCCCAGCCCUCCGUCUCCCCGCCGCCCCCCCCCCCGGGGUCCUUCCACCGCCCCUUCUCCGUGUCCCACCCCCACCACCUCUACAACAGCACCCACAGCGCCGGGCCGGGCCGCUCCUCGCCCACCCCCCCGCCCCACACCAUCGCCCCCCCGCCGGCGUACCGGGGGCCCCUCACCCCCUCCUCCAGCGCCGCCACGCUGGCGGCCCUGCGGGGGGCCGUCUCCCCCUCCUCCCCCCACCCCACGACCGCUAGCUGUGCCUCCGCCCCCUCCUCCUCCUCCUCCUCCUCGCAGCUCCACCAGGACCGGACCCACAAUGCACCGGGGGGGGGCGGGGGCGGGGCCCGGCGGCCCGGGGAGCGCCACCCCUCCCCCGUCUCCAAGGUGGGGGGUGGGGGGGAGGCGGCGCAGGAGGCGGUGGUUGACUCGGGCAUCGAGGAGCUGGACAGCCGCAGCAGCUCGGACCACCACCUGGACAGCAUCCUGGGCAUGAGCGGGGUCAGGGGUCACGAGCGGGCCGGACGGACCCCCGCCGAGAAUGAGCGAGGAGGAGGAGGAGGAGGAGGAGCAGGAGACCUACUGGACUCCUACAUGAGCUACCUGGACGGGCAGACGUUCGAGAUGCAGAACGCCACCGCCGCCACCGCCACCUACCCCAAGACCAACCGCUUCCGGGAGGGGGGCCGCAUGGGCGACCUGCGGCGGCAGACCAGCACGGCCCCGCCCUCCUUCCACUCGCACCGCCGCCGCGAGGAGCAGCAGGAGGAGGAGGAGCUGGAGGAGGCCGACGCCGAGGAGGAGGACGGCCGGGGCCACGACGCGUACGGCCUCAGGGAGAUGCAGAACCUGGGCCGGCCCACCUCGCCGUACUUCGACCGGCCCCGCACCCCCGAGAUGAAGCCCCUGUGGGGGGACGGGCCGACGGCCGGGGAGGGCAUGGGCAUGGGCCAGGGCGGGCCGUACCACGACGGCAGGAAGAUGUACCAGUCGGCCUCCAGUAUGAAGCCCAGCAUCCUGAACGAGCUGAGCAGCAAGCUGCAGCAGAGGAGCAAGGAGAGCUACCAAAGACCCCUGAGCCGACACAGAAACAGGUUCUCCGAAGACUCGGCCUCGGCCCUGAGCCCGCCCUCCACGCGCUCGCUCUCCCCCUCCCCCAUCUCCCUGUCCCAGCCCGCCCUGUCCCCCUCCCCCACGGCCUCCUCCCAGUACCAGAACUGGGCGCGCUCCCCCUCGCCCCAGCCCGCGGCGCCGGCGCCCUCGCAGCCGCCCCGCUCCCAGUCCCCGCUGUCGCCCACCGCCUACGCGCCCUACCCCACCUCCCCCAAACACAGACCCGUGUACCGGACCAAAGCCCUGGAGUUCCAGUUCAUCCCCAGCAGGGAGUCGCGCAAGGCCGACUCCCACAUCAUGCAGCGCCGCCGCGCGCCCAGCCCGCUCGUCUCGCCGUCGGAGCGGCCCAAGGCGGGGCCCCCGCGGCCCUCCUCCCUCCCCCUGCUCCCGACCACGCCCCUCUACAGCGCCCUGUACGACCUGCGCGGCGGCUCCGUCACGCCGCCGUCGCCCGGCAACCCCCUGGGCGACCCCUACUUCUCCCCGUCGCCGCCGCUGUUCGCCCCGUCCGGCGCGCCCCCGCCGCCCAACGCCGCCCUGGUGGUGUCGCGCUCACUCUCGCCCACCCACUUCCUGUCCGGGACGUCCUCGCCGCCGAUGCACCCCCACCCCCCGCCCCCCUGCCUGAGCUACCCCCCCCUGCCCCCGCCCCCGCCCACCAAGCCCUUCGCCGCCAAGCCCCUCGCCUACUGGACCAAGUACGACGUGGCGGACUGGCUGGUGUACCUCAACCUGGCGGAGCAUCGCGAGCGUUUCCUUGACAACGAGAUCGACGGGACGCACCUGCCGUCGCUGACGAAGGAGGACUACCUGGACCUGGGGGUGACGCGUGUGGGCCACCGCAUGAACAUCGAGCGCGCCCUCAGGCGGGUGGUAGACAGGAUGUCCGGCAGCCCGUUCCCCAUGUCCAUCCUCUCCCCUCGGGACAGCCGGGCCGAGCGGCGGAGGGACGACGGGAGCCUGGGCUAG